CUUUCGGGCGCGUCACUUGGGCGUGGGUUAAAGGGAGUCACGUGCAAGAGAACGCAAGUAGGGCGGAAGUUGUUACAGAGCCAGCCACAUUGACUUGCCAACACAUUCUUAUGUUUCUGUGCAGCUAAGAUUUGGGUUUAUUGUGACGGCUCAUCUGGGUUGCGGGACCAUGCGUGAGAAUGAGAACACUGUACUAAGAGGUCAGCGAGUGCUGUUGGUACCAUAUGAACGUCACCAUGUCCCCAGGUACCAUGAAUGGAUGAAGUCGGAGGAGCUACAGAAGCUGACUGCAUCUGAACCUCUGACGUUAGAGCAGGAAUAUGGCAUGCAGCAGAGCUGGAGAGAGGAUGCUGAUAAAUGCACUUUCAUUAUACUUGAUGCGGUACUGUGGGACCAAGGUUGCCCUGAGCACCACUGCAUGGUGGGAGAUGUAAAUCUUUUCCUUACUGAACCUGACAACCAAGCGUCAGCAGAGAUUGAAGUUAUGAUUGCAGAGCCUAGCUUCCGUGGCAGAGGACUUGGUGAAGAAUCUGUGCGGCUGAUGUUAUCUUAUGGUAUCACUGUUUUGGGGAUUACUAUUUUUGAAGCUAAAAUUGGGCAAGAAAAUCUUGCAAGCAUUCGGCUGUUCAAAAAAUUGCACUUCCAGGAGGCGUCAGUGAGUGAGGUAUUCCAAGAAGUGACACUGCGCUGGGAGGUGACAGAGCAAGAGAGACACUGGCUAACUGAAGCCACUCCUUUCCAAAUGGCGACAUAUAGUGAGAUCAAACAGAGCAUUACUGACAGAAAGAGCUGACCAUCCUUGUGGAAAAGGUUCAUUGCACUUAUGUAUCUCCUUGUCUCUCACAGUCCCAGGCUCUAUGUUUGCGGGUCUAUGGGUCUGUGUGGGUCUUCCAUAAGUUUCCUGCCCCUGGAACUCUCUUCACUGUUUGGUCUCCAAGUGUUCCCUCUGACUCCUUUGUUCUGGAGGCUUUGUGCAGGCGUGCCCUACACAUACGGUCAGCACUAUCGGGGGCUGGCCUUAUACUUACAUUAUAAAUCAAAACCUUUGAUUUCAUCCAAGUUAGAGCCAACUGACAAAGUACUAUAGGUGCGAGAAAGCUGAAGGUGCUUGCUGGCAGAAGUACUAGGUUGCUCUGUCUUUGAAGGCUUGCUAGACCCCACUGUUCUGUGCCACUCUUCCAGCCUUUGUUCCAGAGCACACACUUCCUCUAAGGCUGUGGUCACUUUAUCUAGCUGUCCAAAAGAUCAGUGACUACUAUGGGAAAACGCUCCACAGCUAGACCUUGAGAAAGCACAGGAUGGGGACUGGUUGAGGGCACUUUAGGAAAUACAGAGGCAGAGCGGGUGAAAAGGUGAUUUGCAGGAGAGGACAGGAGAGUCUAGCAUUGUUGGAAGAUAUGGAGCAAGCAGAUUUUAACCCAUCAAAUCUCACAGUGUGUUGAUACUGUGGGAAGAAGAAGCAUAGUCAUUGAGUGUUUUUUACCUAGUAAUUCAUGUGUGUGUAAUAGUGUAAUUAACUAAUUCCAUGUUUUCUUUACAUUAUAUGUAUAGAAUGUUUGCCACAGUGUUUUGUCCCUCACCUCUUUGGUUUUGAUGAGUCCCAACAAGAGUUUGAAUCUUUUUCACCAAUCAUCUCAUAAUCCUGUGGCUUCAAGACUGGACGGUAACUUUCCACUCAAACUUUCCGAGGUCCACUCAGCACUGCUGCACACAAGACCCCCCUGCAUACAGCAAGCAGACAGAACCCAUCCCAACACAGAAGCCUAGAGCUGGAGAAUUUUGCAGGACAGACCCUUUUCCCAGCACAGAGCAUAGAAGCGUGUUGCAGGGGAUGUGAAGAGAUGGACAUAUAACACAGGAGAACUAAGGAACAGGAACAACAGUGACUCCAAAUCAUUCCACCAAAUCUAUUACCAUAUCUCAGUUCCUUUGAACUUACCACACAUGCUGUCUGUGAGAGCAAGAAUGACAAGACUGGAUCCCAAAAGUUCCGACUUUACAUCCUGAAAAGUCUUGCCAAAUAUUGCCCACUGCAGUACAAAACACAAUUGUCUGGUAAGCUGCAAACAGAGGCAGAGAGUACGACUUCAGAUCUGCUCACUCUUCCCUCUAAAGGAAUCAUUUUCCAUUUUAUUAUUUAAUUGAUCUCAUAUUAAAGGAAAAGGAAAGUAGUUGGUAUCUGGGGGAAGGGGCAAUUUGUCAUUUGCCACUAGUGAAUUUCUGUUCUGUCCACCACCAUCUCCCAUAAUCAAAAAAACAUUACAUGACCCUAUCAUGCAGAGGGUUUCAAAAGUGAAAUCCAAAAAUGUUUCUUUCUUCAUAUCAAAUAAACCUCUACUCUCUCACCUUUAACAUUCCCAAAAGAAGCAAGGUGGCAACAAGUGCUACCUCUGCCUGUGUCAGGAUUGCCACUGUGUGAAAGCUCUUGGUUGUUCCCGGUAUUGUUGCAGCAGCUGUUUGCUCAGAGAAAUUCAAAGUUUGGGGAAUAAGCUGCACUCAGUUUGACAUUUGGUCAAGGCUUGAAGCUCCAGAAAGAGGAAGCGGAGAGCAGCAAAGAGCAUGGAUAUCUAGGAAGAGAUGGGUGCUGUUAUAGUAGAAGCAGAUAUGGAUAGCGAUGGGCGAACGGUGAAAAAUCUGUCAAAAGGCACCAGCAUCUCCUUUUUGACGCCGGCGUCCGCUUUUUGGACGCUGGCACACAUUUGCCAGCGAAUUUUCGCGGCCGUUUCGCAAAUUUAUUCGCCGGCGCAAAUUCGCGACUGGCGAAUAAAUUCACCCAUCACUAGAUAUGGAUGCUAAGAGAGAAGUAUUAGCAAUGCACAGGAUUACAUCUUACUUACGCCAGUAUGAAGGGCAGGCUCAGGCCAGCUCUCAUUUCUUGAAGGCAGAAUGUUAGGACGGAGAGGGAGGAGACAGCACAGCCAUGGAAUGAGAGGGAAACUUGCAGGCGGGUUGACAUGUGAAGCUGAACAUCUCUGUGGUACGGAGUCAUCUCCACAGACAGAGAGCUGGGAUUGUGAGUGCACAAGCGCCAUAGAUAAGCUUAGUGAUGUCACUUCUGAAUCAUCAUUAUUAUUAUUGUCACAUGACUGUGUGUGACAGUAUAGAUUUAAACAAAUGUGUAACUUAAUGGAGAAUUAAAGUUAUAAUAAGUUAAAUAAGUAUGUUAUGUGUUUACUCAUGUACCCUUUAUCUAAAAUUGUAUUUUCUUCGAAGACCAGAAACCAUACAGUGUGACAAAUAUGCAAUAAUAAUUAAUCUAUCAUUCCUCGGCAGAAUACACUUCAUUAAAAUGAUCCUCUUCCCUAAACUUCUAUACCCAAUACAGAUGUUACCAUACUAUAUUAAACCAACCGAUCAAAAACGUUUAAACCAAAUAUUUCGAACCUUCGUAUGGAACAGGAAACGCCCACGAAUUAGUCUCUUUAAACUACAACAACCUAAAACUUUAGGCGGUCUCAAUUUCCCCAACAUUAAGGCCUACAAUGAAGCGGCACUCCUUCGAUAUGCAGGAGACUGGAUUCUUUUUUUUUUUAAAGUUUUUAUUUUUGCAUUUUAGAUUAACACAAAACAGCGAAUUAAAGAGAAGAAAGCAGGAAAAGAAAGAAGGAAGAAGAAGUGGAGCAGGGAGAGGAGAAGGAUGUUCAUACAGUUAUACAUCACAUGUCAAAGUUGAUUAUGUUGAAUGACAAUAGUCGUAUUGUUCUCGUCAUGAAAUGAUACCCAAGUGCCCCAAACUGCAUCAAACUUCUGCGGGCAACCUCUGGCAAGAUAUGUCAGUUUUUGGUUAGACAAUGAGUUAUUUAUAAGACUUCGCCAGAAGUUUAGCGAUGGUGGGCCAGUAGCCUUCCAGUUUAGGAGAAUGGCUUUCUUUGCGUAAUAAAGAAGUUGAAGAUAA